UUUAAUUGCAAUUGUCUUCGUCGCCUUUGGGAUCACGCAACUGGUUGGCGGAUUUUGCCUUUCUUCUCUGCGUAUUUGAUUUGUGGCUCUUUCUUUUGGAGUGGGGUUUGUAUUUUGGUGCAAGAAAAUUAAUUGCCGAGAAGCAGUAAUUAAUUGUCUUGAAGGAAUUUGGUCCUUUUGUGAUUGGAAAAGGACAUUUUGAAUCUUGGAAGUUUGUGCGUUGAGGAAUUAUUAAUUCCAAUUAAAUUUGUUGUUUGGACUGCGAGAGCAGCUCGAAACAGAGGAGAAGAUUUUGGGGGGGUUUUUAGCCGUCUGGUAUUCUUUGUUAAUUUGGUUGGAAUUUUUUAUAAAGUUUGAAUGGCGGCUAUUAGUAUGAAGAUUGAUAAGUUCACUGGGAGAAACAGUUUCAGUUUGUGGCAGAUCAAGAUGCAAGCACUGUUGAAACAACAGGGUUUGUGGGCUCCGUUGUCUGGAAAAUCAAAGAAGGAAAGCAUAGAUGAAGAAGAGUGGAUUACUUUGGAGGAGAAAGCUCACUCUACAAUCUUGCUUUGUUUGGCUGAUGACAUCAUCACUGAGGUUGCUGUUGAGAAGACUGCCGCGGGCUUGUGGUUGAAGCUUGAAAGUCUAUACAUGACAAAGUCUUUAACCAACAAGUUGCAUAUGAAUCAACGUUUGUUCAGUUUGCGUAUGGAGGAAGGUACGCCUCUCAGGAAUCAUCUAGAUCAACUCAAUACCAUCUUGUUAGAUCUGCGGAAUAUUGAUGUUAAAGUAGAUGAUGAGGAUGCUGCCUUAAUUCUGUUGGUAUCUUUGCCACAGUCAUAUGAGAAUUUUGUGGAUUCUUUUGUUGUUGGGAAAGAUAGUUUGUAUUUGGAAGAUGUCAGAUCUGCUCUACAUACUAGAGAGGUUCGACAUAAGGCGUCUGGUUCUGGUUCGGAAAAUCAAGCAUCUGGGUUGGCUGCUACGAGUAGUAGGAGACAACAAUAUGGUAAUAAGAAGGCGAAUACAAAUUCGAAUUCUGCUGGUUUGAAAGAUGAUAUAUGUCAUUAUUGCAAGGAGAAAGGACAUUGGAAAUUUGAUUGUCCUAAACUGAAGAAAUAUCAGGAGAAGAAGGAAUCAUCUGCUGCUGUGGCGGAAGAAACUAACUCUGAUUCUGAAGAUGGUUUAGCCUUAGCAGUGAAUGAACAGGUACAUCAUCAGGAUGUGUGGUAUUUAGAUACUGCAGCUGAUUAUCAUAUGUGUCCAAGCAGGGAGUGUUUUUCAACUUAUGAGCAGAUAGAUGGAGGGCAUGUUUCUAUGGCCAAUGGUGCUAUCUGUAAGAUUGUUGGAAGAGGCUCCGUCACGAUGAGGACACAAGAUGGUUCUGUUCGCACCUUGAACAAUGUUAGACAUAUUCCAGAGAUGACUAAGAAUCUGAUAUCUUUGAGUCUACUAGACAGCAAGGGUUUCAGCUUCAAAGGUGAAGGUGGAGUGUUGUCUGUCUACAAGGGUUCUAAGGUGAUUUUGAAAGGUGUCAAACUGGGUGCCUUGUAUAAUCUACAAGGUUCUGUCUUGACAUGUUCUGUUGGUGAUAAGUGCACCAAGCUGGUUCUGAAUGGCAAAUCUCAACAUGGGUUGGACUUGCCAAAUGGUUUGAGUUGUUGACCGCCCUUAGGGGCAUUUGGAGGCAGGGGAGAUUCUGGUACAACUAAUUUGGAGGAAUUUGGUGCAUCUAGCAACUUUGGUUGCGUCUGGUACAUCUGGUACUUGAGAGAGAAUUCAAGUCAAGGUGGAGAUUGUUAGAAUAUGACUUGAAUUUGAUUUGAGUUUGUUUUUGUGUUUUGGCCUAUUCUGUUUGGGUUUGGGUUUGGCCUUUUUUUCUUUGUAUGUUUGGGAAAAGGUAUUUGGUUUUCUGUUUGGGAUUAGGAGAAGAGUUCUAUAAAUACUCUUCAUCACCCUAGUCUGUAGUGAGGUCAGUCAGGUUAGUUUGUUUGGUUUGUCCGUUUAAAAUUUGGUUUGUAACCUGUACUCUCCUCAAAUUAGUGAAAUUUGUUCUCCCCUGCCCGUGGAUUAGCUAGCACACAUUGUGUUAGUGAACCACGUUAAAUUUGUGUUCGUUCGUGUUGGUUUGGAUUAUCGAUUGCACGCAUCUGUUCUGACACAAACCUUUUCGUUGAUAAUAGAUAUCUUCUUGCAUGUUUAAAGUACGAUCGGGAGACCAACAAAAUUGUGACAUUACUUCUUUGAUACUUUCCAGUAAAAGCACGGCAAGUCG